AUGGAGAAUUCGCUUGUUGGUAAGAUUUAUAAAGCACGUUACUACUUGAAUGGCUCUUUUAUUUCUGCUGAAUUGGGACAAAAUCCCAGCUUUAUUUGGAGGAGUAUUUGGGCAGCUCAGAUGCUAGUUAAAGCGGGUGCGAGACUUUCAAUUACAAAUGGUUCUUUAGUUAAUGUUCUUAAGGAUCCGUGGCUACCCCAUGACUCUAAUCCUUAUGUCAUAACUGAGAAUCAAGGGCUUCAAAAUAAGGAUACAUGGUUUUGGAACAUGGAAACGUCGGAUUUUUACUCGGUUAAAAGUGCUUAUAAGCAUCUUCAAUCGAGUAGAGGAAGUUGGCUUUAUUUGGAAGAUAAUAACUGCUGGAAAAAGUUGUGGCAAUUGGCAGUCCCUCCUAAGCUCCUACUGGUUUUUUCUCCAACAAUCGUGCCUGCUGCUGGUGCGAUGGAAGAUUUUGCCACCUGGUUUUUUGGCCUGUUAAAAGGGAAUCAAGUGGACGUAGCGGUGGAUGCUGCUAUGAUCAGGUGGAGUAUAUGGAAAACUUGCAAUGAGUUGCUAUGGCAGAAGAAAAAUUGGGCUGGUUUGGAUGUAAUGAAGUCAUCUACAUCAGUCCUUGUAAAUUGGAAGAUUGCGAAUUUUGAGUCGCCUCAUGCUUAUUUUGCUACGGGUGAUGUUACUAAUAGCAAUCUUUGGGUUAAACCAGAUCAUUUUACUGUCAAGGUGAACGUCGAUGGAGCCAUUUUUAAAGCGUAG